AGGCCGCGCGAUGUGUGAUGCGCCGAUCUUCGUCAAUGAGAACGGCAUCCUACUCUUCAAGUACCGCAUGGCACGAGGCACUUGUUACUGGUACUUUUCCCGCGAGGGCGACCUCAGCCGCUCGGAUGGGGAUUUCUAUCGGGUGAAGAGCGACCUCAGGACGCGUCCGCCCCUGGAGGGUUGGACCUUUGAAGCAUGUCCUUUGGGCCGUCAGACCCAGGUGCCAACCUUGACGUUCUGUGGAGAAGACGAGGAGGAGUCGACUGAUGAUGGUACCUCUGAUGCUAGCGAUUCCUCCGAGCAGCAGAAAUGAUGACCAGCAGUCUAAACCAUGUUGCCUGUGUGGUUCCAGGCAUGACUUGAGCAAUUCCUCAACCCUCU